UAACCAGCACAGCGUCUUGGCUCACCACCUAUGAUGUGUGUGUGUCAGUGUGACAGACUAACCUUUUGAAAUAUGAGUGUUUCUGAGCGCCUCGCUGUCCUUACUGUUGCCUGAAUGCCUGUAGAUGUGUGCGUCUCGCUGUGUGUUUUUGUCUGUGUUUCCGUCUGUGUCUGUGUGUUGCUGUCAGUGUUCACUGGUCUGAUCGCUCCCGUGUCUGACAGCCCAUGUCCUGUACUUACACAGCAUAAGCUGAAGUCUUCGCAGAGGGACAAGGUACGGCAGUUCAUGUCCUUCACACAGGCUGGGGAGAAGACAGCUGUGUACUGCCUCACACAGAAUGAUUGGAAACUAGAAGUUGCUACCGACAACUACUUUCAGAAUCCAGAUCUCUAUUGUAAGGAAUCCAUGAAAACAUCAGUAGACCGGAAAAAGCUGGAGCAGCUCUACAAUCGCUACAAAGAUCCCCAGGAUGAGAAUAAGAUUGGUAUCGAUGGGAUCCAGCAGUUUUGUGAUGACCUCUCGCUGGAUCCAGCCAGCAUCACCGUGCUGGUUGUCGCGUGGAAGUUUCGUGCGGCCACUCAGUGCGAGUUCACCAAGAAGGAAUUUCUGGAUGGAAUGACAGAGUUGGGGUGUGACAGCCCCGAAAAACUGAAGGCCCUUUUGCCAAGAUUAGAGCAGGAGCUCAAAGACAGCGGGAAGUUCAAGGACUUCUACCAGUUCACCUUUAACUUUGCCAAAAAUCCUGGACAGAAGGGUCUAGACUUGGACAUGGCCGUAGCCUACUGGAACCUGGUUCUGUCAGGACGAUUUAAGUUCCUUGAUCUUUGGAACAGAUUCCUUUUGGAACACCAUAAACGAUCCAUCCCAAAGGACACAUGGAACCUAUUGUUGGACUUUGGUAACAUGAUUGCAGAUGACAUGUCAAACUAUGAUGAGGAAGGAGCAUGGCCAGUCCUUAUAGAUGAUUUUGUGGAAUUCGCACGACCAAUUGUAACGGGAUCAAAACGUAAAACUCUCUAAAUCCAAUCCCAACUCUGGAAAGCCAGAACCUUGUUUCUUUUACAGUGACUUCAUAGUUUUUUUUAAGACUUGUACAAAAAAAGUGAAAAUCGUAGACUGCAGAGAGAAAACAGAAGCACUUGAAACUGUCAGGAAACCACCUUUCAGGGAGCUGAGUAAAAAACUAUGAGAACAACCGGCCACAUCUCUUGUCCUCGGGAGACUGAGGCGUCAUACAGACAUUGCCAGAGUCGCCGUUGUCUCUCCUGUUGUGUUCUCAGCAUCCUGGACGCCCCUCUGCUCUGCUCCAGGAGGAGCACUACCUGUCAGGCCACAGCCCUGUAAGUGGGGAUGGACACAGCGCUGAGAGGAGGUUCGCUGGCUGUCUGUACUCUAAAAGGACUGGAGAGGAGAAAACUGUGUGUUUUAAGUCAGCUUUGUUUUGUUAUAUGAAGCUCUGAGUGACUGUGCAAAGUUCCCAUGUCUUACUCUAACUUGGAGACAGAGUGCUCACUACACCAGCACCAACAGAACUGUUGCAGUUUUUACUGUACAUACUGUAUCUAUUGGGACAGUUUACAAAGAGAGCUAUAUGAAGAAUAAUAUAAAUACGUUCAAUUUAUAAAUGCAACAGAUGAUUCUUUUAUGUACAGUAAAUGCUAAGAUCUCUAACGGGAUGCCUCAAUAUUGUGGAUGAUAUGCUGUUGGUUUAAUUGCUAGGUGGAUCUGUCAAGUCAUGGAAUUGUGAGCUUCUCAUUGAAAGCAUGUUAAAUACAUUUUACGUCACCUUGGGCUGGUUUCACAAAUACACAAGUAAAGGCAGUGCUUUAAUUUAGAUAUAUUGGUUCGUGGUGUUCAUUUGUCAGGUUAAUCUCAGUCAGGAGUGGGUCUUGAAUCCUACGUGUGACGUAAUCCACAGCAUUUUGUUUUCAAAGGAUGAUUUUCUUUCUAACUGUCGGGCAAAGUGUUUUGUUUUUAUCCCUCCCGAGACGUUAACGAUGCUAAAGCAUUUAAGUGAAAUUUAAAGUUAAGACAUUACAGACCCUUAGGAUUGCAUGGCACAUAUCUGUAUGUUAUGGCAGUGCGAAGUUCAAAAGCCAGGACACUAACGAGGGCAACAACACGACGACAAAGUAAGCCUUAAGAAUAAAUAUCUGUCUGUUCAAUAUUUAUAUUUCUGUUCACGCCCAUCUGUCCAGUGUUACUGAAGGUAGUGAAAAUUAGAAUAUAUUGUUAAUAAGUCAUGUAAGUAGCCUAAGUAUAUUGUUCAUUUAAGAAAGAUGAAUAAAGCAUGUGUUUUUCCAU